UGAGGUUAUCCCGCUGGUGCGCGCGCGCGCGCGCAAGUGUCUCUCUCGCUCGCGCUCUAGUAGCCAUAUCUCGCUGUGCAGCACGGUGGUAGUAGUGGCGAGCAGCAGCAGCACUGCUUCCUCCGGAGGAGGAGAGGAGAGUGAGUGAGAGAGAGAGAGAGAGAGAGAGAAAGCUAGUGAGCAGUUUUUAACUCGGGCUGCCGGCGGCAGUCGACGGAGCAGCGCCGCCUGAGUAUAUACACACAGAGGGACGACGCGGUCGCCGCGCGCUCUCUCUCUCUUUCCUCUCUGUCGCGCGUUGUUGUUCACUUUUCGCUAUACUCUCCGCACACUCUUUUGGCCAGCCUAGUGCAGUGCGGACGAUUGAUAAAUAUAGGAUUGAUCGGUGCAUCGAUCGCGGACAGCUGCAGCAGCAGCGACAGCGCCAAGUGUUCUCUCCGACUCUCCGUGUUUCUCCCUCGUCGCAGCAGCAGUAGUCAGCGUUCUUAUACACGUAAGGAGCAGCAUAAUGCUGGGCUCGCGCAAAAAGCGGGAUAGCAUGAGAAACAGCAGAGGAGGCUGAAGACGAGCGAAGAGAAGAAGACGAAGACGAAGACGAAGAAGAGAAGAGAAGAGAAGAGAAGAAGAAGAGAGUGGUGGUAUAGUGCCCGCGCCAGGUGUGUGUCUGUGUCUCCAUCUGUCUUGUAUAGUAUUCCUCUCGGCACUUUUUUGCUGCCAUCGUCUCGCGCUCGGUCGCCCUAAAAAGCCGUGAGAGCCGUUCGUUCGGCCCGUGUGUCUCUCUCUCUCUCUCGCUCCCGUCCGCUCCAGCAAUUUUUUCCUUCUCUCUCGCUCUCGCAUAUACACUCGCGCGCCACUCCACUACUGCGCGGACUCCGAGGAUUACGUAGAUCUGGGCUACGUACACACACACACAUUCUCUCUAUCUCUCUCUCGUGCACGUAUACACACACGCGCGCACGGACUUCGGAGAGAGAGAAGAUAAUUCGCGCAAGCAAGAGAGCGAGAGAAAGAGCAUCUCGCAGAAGCAGCGGCGACGGAGCAGCUCUUGUUUUUCUUAACCUAAAAAUAGAGAGAAGAGGAGGGAGGCUAUAUACUCUGCGCGCCGACACGGGAUUUUCCUACGCACGAGAGUCGCAGAGCAAGCGGCCCGAGUAUCGAGUGUGAUGAUGCUGUUAUUUGGUGAAUGAUCAGUGCAUGAUCUACUGGCGAAGACCUGUGCAUUAUUAUCAUCAUUGUUGUUGUUGUAUAACCUCGAAAUACUCGCUCAUCGAACGCACGGAGAGGGAAGCUGCGGAAGAGUGUAGAGCAAGCUAGUGUGUGUUUUUUGCGGAUAAUCCAGUAUAGAGCAUCGUCGCUCACGUAUUGCUCAAGCAUUGAAAGAAAACGAGAAGAAGAAGAAGAAGAAGAGAGAAGAGGAAAAGUGGCAGUGCGCGAUUUUCGCGGUGGUGUUUUCAAGUAAAAAAUAAUCUAUAGUAACGUACGUGCGUCGCAUUCGCGGUUGUUCGUCGUCUUCCCCCCUUCAUUUUGCUAAAGUCGUGUCGUAGUCGCGCGCGGUGCGGUGCGGUGCGCGCUUUUUAACGUCAAUGGGAUUCGCGACCCGCGGUAGAUCCUGCACUUAUGCAUCCGAAGAGCUGUCGAGGCCGCUACGUAUCAGCAGAGGAUGCCGCAGGUGCUAAUAGCCUACGAGCUCCAGAGGCGGCAGUGUGUGCCAGUGAUGUCGGUGGCGAGGCAGACUGCAGCCCUGCUGGACCUGGACCAUGGCCGGCAAGCCUGAGCAGCCGGCCUCUCAUUCAGGCCCCACGACGACGCUCCAACAGCAACAGCAGCAACAGUUGUCGACCCUUCCGCGACAACAAAACAAUCCCACCCUUCAGGAUCAACAGGCCGCUCUUCAGAACAGCGUACUAGUCUACGUGUCCGGCGACAAUUUGGCCUACGCAAGCGCACUCGAGCAGCAGCACAAUGUGCUCGCCAACUAUCAGCAGCAGCAGCAGCAUAAUCAACAGAGCCAGAAUCAACAGCAGCAGCAGCAGCAGCAGCAGCAGCAGGUCCAGGACGCAGCGUUCCUGCACCUGCCCCAGGUCUUCGGCGACAAGGGCCACCUCGCGGGCUUCCUCGAUCCGAAGGAUAGCCAGCACGAGUUCGUCGCUCUGGCCGGCGCGGAGCUAGACUCCCAGGAUCAGCUGCAGCGCACCUCGUCCUGCAGCCGGGCCAGCGAGGACUGCGAGGAAGGCGAGUCGCCGCACAGCCUAGGCCCGGAGGAUGACGAGCUCGUCGACGAUGGCAGCUUCGUCGUCGAGCAGCUCGAGGCCGCGGUGGCCGACGGCGAUAUCAUCUACCAGGACGACCACGAUGUCGUGGUCGAGCAGCACGUCGUGGACGAGCACGACAAGGAGCACCUCAAGCUGCUCAAGCUCUCCAAGGAGAUGCUCGAGGGCUGCAACGGGUUCGCGGUUAACGGGGGCGUCUUCACCCCGGCGAGCCUGGGCUUCGCGCUCGACGAGAAGAGUCUGGGCGCGUUCGCGGCGGCCGGGGCCGAGCUCGAGGCCGCCGUUGCCGCCUGCGACGCCAACGCCAAUCACCAGGUGGCCGCCUUCGUAAACCGACAGCAGCAGCAACAGAACGGCCAGGUCAACAUGGCGGCGCUCUACCCGAACACGGUGAUCGCCGACGAGGAGCACCAGCCGCAAGACGAGCAGAGCUGCCAGGGUAACGGCGGCGUGAUGAGCGACAGCGCGGCCUCGGUAGUUAGCGCCGGCCAGGUGAUCAAGCUUGCCGAGCAAGCGGCCUUCGGCAACCUGGGCAGCUGCGACUCCGUGAGGUCGGACACGGCCGAGUCGACCUGCAGCAGCAUGAGCAGCCACGAGAGCCAAGAGGUUGCUCUGCAGCAGGCCGCGAGCUUCGUCGCCGCGCAGCAGGCUGCGCGAGACUCGGUCGAACAGCAGCAGCAGCAGCAGCAGAUGCUCCAGGUGCAUCAGGUGCUCGACGACGCGAUGAACGCUGUCGGUGUGUGCGGUGCGGUGCAACAGCAGCAGCAAGUGCAAGAUAUCCAGCAGCAAGUGCAAGACAUGCAGCAGCAGCAAGUGCAAGAUAUGCAGCAGCAGCUCAGCAUCGCGGUGCCGCAGGGCUGGAAGAGGAUCUGCACCAACGGCGUCAUCAUAUAUAUCAGUCCGAGCAGUACGGCGCUGGGUUCGCUGGAUCAGCUCAAGGAGUACCUGACAACUGCAGGGACCUGCAAGUGCGGCCUCGACUGUCCGCUCAGGCCCGAACAGGUCUUCAACUUUGACCCCAAGGUGGCGACGCGGCCUUGGAGCCCAAAUCAAGGCAAGGCGCGGGAAAUGACAAAGCUCUGCAACCACAAGAGAAAAAUCCAGCCAAUACAGCCGCAGCCACAGCAGACGACGGUGCAGCAGACGGCGGUGCAGGCGGCGCUCGGCUCGAACCAACAACAGAUCGUUGCUGCGAACCAGGCGACGAUCACUUCGAUACCGCUCAGCGCCGGAUCGCCACAGCUCAGCGAAAAAUCCAAAGACGGCCGAAAGAAGAAGCGAAAGCAGAGCAACGUGGGCGGCCUGUACUCGGGAGUGUCGGUGUCGCAGCUUUUGGCACAGCGCGAGCGCGCGAUAGCUGCGGCGGUGGCCAACGCCAACGCCAACAACUCCAAUCCCCAAGCACAGGGCCAGAACGCAACGAUGCCCGGAUCUACCUCCUCGCUCUCUAAUGGAUCGCAGGUGUGGCCGGUCACGAUGCCGAAUCUCGCUGGAAACUUGGGUCUCCAGCAGCCAAUGAACCAGCCCCAGCAGCAGCAACUGCUGCCACACCAGCAGAACCUCAACAGCCAACUGGCGACGGGUCAGCAGGUCCAGAGGCUCAACAAUUCUCAGGGUAUGGCCACGACGACGGGUGGCAUGAUCAUGGGCAACCAGCUGAUCAUGAACCAGCAGCAGCCGAACUUCAUGCAGCCCCAGCAGCAGCAACAGCCGCAGCAGCAGCAGCAGCAGGUUCAGCAACUCCAACAACUGGCGAAUCAGCAGAUGCAGCAGGACCAAUCGCAGGAGCAGCUCAUGUUCCAGCAGAUGCAGCAACUCCAGCAGAUGCAACUGUUGCAGCAGCAGGACCAGCAGCAGCAACAGCAGCAGAAUCGCAUGAUGACCAACCAGAUGCAGCAGGUCCAGCAGCAGCAACAGCAGCCUAACUACCAGCUGAACCAAUUGAACCAGCAGAUAAUGCAGCAACAGCAGCCUAUGCAGCAGCAACAGCAGCAGCAACAGAUGAAUCAGCAGCAGUUCCAAAUACAGCCCAUGCAAAAGCAGGGCAUGCAACAACAGAACCUGCUCGGGGAUCUUGAUCAGCAGCAGUUGAUGGCAAGUUUUGGUCAGCAGCAGCAACAGCAGCAUCAGGACAAUUUCCUCAAUCAGAUGCAGGUCGCGCAAAACCAGCAGCAGAUUCAUCCGUCACAGCUGCAGCAGUUGCAGCAACAGCAGCAGCAGUUACAGCAGCAGCAGGUUAAUCAGCAGCUCAUGCAACAGCAGGCUGACCAGUUCCAAAUGCAAUUGCAGCAGCAGCAACAGCAACAGCAGCAGCAACUUGUACAGAAUUGCGGUCAACCGCAGUAUCAAACUCAGCAAAUGUUGAAUCAGCCUAUGGACGUUAUGCAGCAGAAUGGUCUUACCGUUAUGAACGGAAUGAACGAUUUGCAAAUGCAGCAGCAGCAGCAGCAGAGGUCUGUCGAAGAAUUGGCUGUCAAACAGCAACAGUUGCAGCAGCAACAACAGCAACAGCAGCAGCAGCAGUUGCUCCUACAAAAUCAAACUGUGCAGAGGCACGUGUUGCAAGCAAACAAUCAGUUAAAUAACCAGUUUCCGCAAAAUCAAAUGUCGUGUCAAAUGAGGAACAACGUUCAGCAAUAUCAAACUAACCAGCCACUGCAGCAAAAUCAAAACUUCAACACGAGGACGCCUCCUUGGCAGACGCAGCAGCAGCAGCAACAGCAGCAGCAGCAGCAACAGCAGCAACAACAACAGCAGCAGAAUAAUAAUAGGAUGAACCACGUGCAGAACAUAAAUUGCAACGCGUUCGAUCGUGUACCACCUCUACAUCAACACAUACCUCAAGAUAACGUUUGGACGGAAGAAGUAGCCAGGAAGAGGGCAAAGACUGUUAAAAGUUCAUACAAGAAGCAGAGACAGCACGGCAAUUCGAUCGAGCUGCGGAAUAACAGCCUGGACCAGUGCUUGUCUGGAGAUGAGUUCUCGGAUAAAUUAAACUCGCAGUCCGGUCCAUCGUUCCUGGAGGAUCCAAGUGGCUACCUUGCGCAGCAGACUGCGCUGCUGAACAGUACAAUAUCGCGGCAGACAGGGGUCACAAGCUCGCAGCAGCCGCUCCUCAACAACAACGUCAAUCUGCAGCAGCAGAAUAACGCCACGUAUCUUCCGCAACCAAAGCCUUCCUCGCUCGCUAGUCCUUCGUCUUUGUAUAGCAAUGGCAGCGGCAAAAACAAUCCGACGUCGCCAGUGUUCGUGCACAGCUCGAUGACGCCGAACUCGGCUGGUAGCGCGACAGACUCGGAGGGUGGCAGCCCAAUGUCGUGCCAGAGAUGCGUGACCAGCGCGGACACGCAGUCCUUAUCUUCCUCGACCUCGACUCAGGAUUCCUAUAAACAACGAACUGAGCUACACAGGCAUCAGUACGCACUGCACUCGGACAUGCCGGAAGACCCGGCUAUAUCUUCCACUUUCGGCGAAAAAUGCAUGCAGCAGGCGUCUUGCCAAGUUCAGCCUCAGCAGCAACUUGACUCGCGGCCCAUCCAGGGUGGCACCGUUAGUACCUCGCACGGCUCGCCAAUCGGCACCAACAGUCCCGCUAAUUCCGACACUCCCACGUCCUCCUGCCUGAACAUUUCACAGCCCGCGACACCUCAGAGCCUCAUAUCCUCACAACCAUCGACGCCACACGCCUACUCACAGCCGGCGACGCCGUACAUGGCCUCCCAACAGACAAAUCUGAACGAGCAGCGGUCGACGACGCCUUCGGUCACGACGUCGGGCUCGCUGAGCGAUCCCACGUUUGUCGAGGGUCAGACGACAACGACGCAGAAGAAGAUGGAGGGCUACCAACCGCAUCCCCAUGCGAGAGGCACCAACGGUAUCGCCACGUCGUCGAACAUCACGACAAUGGCCAGCGGUCACACGGUCAGUAGUAACACCAUCACGUCUGUGCUGGCUGGUCGAGCGAACACGGCGACGGUGUCGAUUAACGCGCCCGCGGGCAUAACCAAUCAGGUCCUUCCGAACGUCAUCGGCAAGCAACAACAGCAGCAGCAACAGAACCAGCAGGCUCAGGCUGUGGCUGUCAAUCAAGUUCCUCCAUCGUCCGUUUCUGUGGUCGCCGCGGCGGCUUCCACGGCGGCGAUACCCAUAGUCGCGAAUUCGACUGUGCAGCAGCAGCAGAAUGCCUUCGCCCUUGCUGCGCAACAUCUGCAACAGCAGCAGCAGCAGCAACAGCAGCAGACGUUGACUAGCGUCAACGUUUCCAAAUCGCCACUGGAGAUGGUGCAGAGCGUCGUGAGCAGUAUACAAGUGCCACAGGUUAGUAAUGCCACGAACAAUCAUCAUCAUCACCAGCAGGCUCAGCACCAUCACCAACAACAACAACAGGCCAACGUCCAGGUGCACAAUGUUCUGACGUCGAGCGGAAUUCUCAAACAGGCAGUGCCCGGUCAAGCUUUGCCACCAGGUCAUAUACUCGUCUCCAGCAACGGACAGCUGAUAAUGGCGAGCACGGGCGGCGUUAUGGCACCACCACCACCGAAGAUAAAUUCGAUGCCACCCUUAUCGGUUUCGCCAAUGGUUACGAACGUUACCGGUGCUGUUAGUCAAGUCAUUCCUGCUGUCGGUGUUGCCCAGCAGGUCAUCGGUCAACCUACAGUACUGGUCAACACGAUCCAGACGCCUGUAAUUAUUCAACCUGGAGGAAUGAUGACUAUGGACAGUAUUGGUCAAAACGUGCAGAUACCGCACCUAACGGUCGCUGGCAAUGUUUUGCAGAACGCUCAGAGUAUUAUCGACGCAUCGAACCAUCAGCACCAUCAGCAGGAAGUAGCGAGAAACGUUGCUGCAGCUGUUGCUAAUCAGAAUCUUGUAAAUCAGAGACAGCAGGCUGGCCUUCCACCAGAGCCCACGGUCGCAAAGAAAAAGGUUUACAAAAAGCGCAAGAACAACACUCAGACCGUAGCAUCGAUGCUCCAUAUCGCUGCCGCCUCAUCGCAGCAGAAUACGGGAAUGCUCAUGCAAUCGCAUCAGUCGAACUUCGCGCAUCAGAACUUCCAGACACAGAGCAUUGGCGGUCCAACGAUGCUCCAAGCCCUGACUAUCGUACCGGGCAAGGGUGGUGCACCAGCUCAGCUUGUCAUGAACGGACAACCCCAGGCGACGUCGACGCAUUUCAAUACGCAGCAUCAUCAAAUUAUCGCCAACGCCCAGCCUGCCCAGCAAAUUAAUCUGUUACAGCCAGUCAAUUUGCUCAAUGGUACCACGGGUAUGGUACAGAACUUCCCGACCAUCCAGCAAUUCAUUGUGCCGGGACUGGGAAGCAUGGUCAUGUCUGCGGAUGGCACGGCAACGCUUCUCCAGGAUACAGGCAAUAUGGGUAUGCAGCUGCAGCUUCAAAAUGUCAACGGUCAGAAUGUUCUCACACCCGUCCAAAAUCACGGCGGGAUCUUUGGUACGGGUCAGAGCAUUUUGGCGGCCGGGCCAGCUGGUAUGGUAAUCAGAGCACCGCAAGCGACAGGCGGCAAGAUCAUUCAGGCCCAGCACAGCCCUGGUGCACAGUUUAUAUCCAAUAACAGUGGCCAGUUCCUCGUUAAUGGAACGACGUCCUUCGGCAAUCAGUUGAACCCGAUUGUUGCGAACGUCAGUCCAAAUCAGCAAGUGACCUUUAACACGACGCAGGUUCGACCGCAGAACAUCCAAGGCCAGCAAGAGUUCAUCCAAAUGAAUGGCCAGACGCUGAUGGUGCCGUGCGCCACGGCUCAGAACAUAGCAACGGUUUCCUCGUCUCAAAACCAGCAGAACACGACCUUCGUCCAGCAAAAUACGACGAUAGUCCAGCAGCAGACGACGAUGGUCUCAAACAACCAGAUCCCGGGAUUUCAAACUGCAAAUACUAACGCCACCCCGAGCAUCGAGCAUCCAACGAUGAAUGUCGAAAACAACCAGUCUUACAUACUGAGUGCUGGAAUGAUUACGCAGGGAAAAGGAACUGAUUCACCAAAGAGUAACAUUAACUCGCCGGCUUCUGAACAAACGACUGAACAACAACAACAACAACAACAACAACUGCAGCAACAACAGCAGCCACAGACGCAGCAAGUUCAACAGGUUCAACAAGUCCAACAGGUUCAGCAAGUUCAACAAGUGCAGCAGCAACCACAACAAGUACAGCAGCAGCCACAACAAAACCAGCAGCAACAGUUUAUUCUCACUAGUGGGACUACUACGAUAGUCGAGAAGACUCAACAAUCUACGGCGACAAACGCGAACGCGGCUGCGGCGGCAGCAGCUGCACUUAUGGCGAGGCACUCGGUAUCGACACAAACGGCAGCUAACCAACAAAAUGCAGCUCAAUCUGCCCUGAUGCGGCAAGGAUCGCCACCGGAUACGACGACUCACAGCCCUGGUAAUAGCCAGAGGUCGAACAGUCCAGCGGUAGACACGACAACGCAUGGAUCAGCUUCCCCUCCUCCACCGGCGAACACGAGGCAACAGUCGUCUUCGACGCCGAUGGUCCAUUGUGUGUCGAGCAGCGAACCAGACUCUGGAGACAUUCAGCUUACCUCUGAUGAAUGGCGAGGGAACGCGCAACCCGUCAGCAACCCUGGCAGUGUCAAAGAGGCUCCUCUCAAUCAAACAAUAAACGGUCAGCAAAACCAACAACAGCCGCAAGCGGCGUCAGCGCAGCAACAGCAACAACAGCAGCCGGGGCAGCCGCAGACGCAGACGAAGCCGACGUACGUCGAGUCUUCGACCGUCUCGAGUGGCAUCCAGAUCUUUGCGAAGCAGGCCGAUGGUGCCGUGAGCACAGUGCGGUGCGAGGGCAGGGGAAUCAAGCGAAAGCUGGACUCCAUCCACGCAAUGCAUUCCACUCUGCAUGAAGACCAGGAUGGGCACGUCCGUGCAGAGCCUCAGGAUGAUCCGGCCAGCGCGAAAGCGACGCGGAUGUUCGCGGUGGGCGAAGUCGUGUGGGGCUGCGCCCGAGGUAGUGCCGCCUGGCCCGGCAAGGUCGAGGCGAUCGGCGCGCUCCCAACCAGCCUCUCCAGCAGUCCUGGAGGCACCAACGCAGCAGCAGCAGCAACAGCAGGACCAACCGUCUGGAUCAGGUGGUACGGCUCACAACGCGAGACAGGCCUCAGCCAAGUCGCAGUCAAGAGCCUUAAGUCCCUGUCAGAGGGCCUCGAAGCGCACCAUCGCGCACGAAAGAAGUUCAGGAAAAGUCGUAAAUUGAAUACGCAACUGGAGAACGCGAUCCAGGAGGCAAUGGCCGAGCUGGACAACAAGCCAAAGCUCCAGUCCCAGCCGGACAACAGUAUCAACAAGCCCAAACCUCGGGAGAAGCUCAUAGCUCCGGCGACGCUCGUCGUUCCUGCUCCUCAGCAACAGCAGCAGCAGCGGACAAUCGGCCUUAGGAAGACGCCCGGCAGGAAGGUGCCCCAGGUGGCCCUGGCCGUCGCUGUUGCUCCGCGCAAACAGGAGAGCUAGAGACGAUUGUCUGAUUCUUUCGGGUAUUACGUCGAGGACUGAAGCGAUCGUGCCUGCGUGCUUUUUGCUCGUUUGCUCGACGAUCAUCGAGGAGUUGCGAUGAUUUGGAAAUAAUUAAUAUAGUAACGAGCGAAAGGCACGAAGACACGAGAAGCUCUGAGAAUCUUUUUAUAUAACGAUGUAAAACUUUUACUCGUCUACGUUCAGUAGUAGGAUGCGUCGUCUAUUCGACUAGACGGAUGAGCAAAAUAUGAAUUGUACAUAAUUAGGCCUAAUUGCGCAAGUGUUAGUGAGUAAUAUGGCAGAGGAAAGCGAAUGGCGGUCACUUUAUUCCUUUGAUGUACGCGUAUUGCGUAUUGCGUAGAUGAGAAAAAAAGGGAGGGUUUGGGGGCUACGAGAAUCCAAAUUGUACAGAGAAUCGAAAUUGUCUAGGUUAAAGAAAAAAAAAAAAGAGGAGAGAGAAAGACGAAUGAUGGUACGACGAUUCAAACGAAUAAAGCGCUUACUUGCUAUUCGAUUUUUUUUUGGUACAUCGUUGUUGCGCUGAGAAUACAAUUAUUGGAUAAAAUAUCGUGGAUUCUUCCGUACGCAGUGUUCUUGUGUAAAAUUAUGCGUUCUUGGAAAGAACGUAGAUUUAGAUGGUUUGAAUCGUUUUUUAGUAGUUUUUAAGUCAGUGACUUAGUGGCUAUGCUAUUUUAGUAAUUUUAACCAUAUUGUAUAUUGGAGUACAAUUUUCAUAAUUUUACUUUGCAUUAUAUAUUUUGUGUAGACGUCUUGAAAUGUUGAAGCAGUAAGAGUUUUAAAUUAAUUAUUUUUGUAAUAAUGUGUUAUAAACGAAUCUCGAUUUUUCGUACUAUUUUAUAUUCGUUUUACUAAAAGAGUUUUUAGGUUUAAUAAAUGUGUAUUAUAUGUAUUUAAAUUAUUGUAAAUUUAAUCAAUACUAACGCGACAGAACAUUGAUGUACAUCCGUGGAAAGCGAACAUAUGAAUUUAAACAAUAAUUCUUUUCUUAGUGCAUCCGUAUAAGCUUAAAUUUCGAUGACUGAAUUGUUGACAUAUUACGUGUGCUACAUAUAAAAUCAAAUUAAGACUGUAAUAACGCAUCAAAGAAUUCAAUCAAAAAAGUCAUUUUUAAAGGAAUACCUAUAUAUGAAAUCAAUCAAAUUUAAAAAUUGUAGACGCUUCCGCCAUCGAAAUUAAGAGCAACGUCCCAGUGAAACUAAAAAUUGAAACGUAAGAAAAAUAUUAAAAUUAUGCUAUUUGAUGUUAUAAUGAUGAUAUAAUUUCGGUCGCUCGUCGCAAUAAGAAUUAGGAAAUCAAUCCUUUGGUGCUUAAUCGCUCCUUACUCGGGAGUCGGAAAAGAAAAACUGUGUAAAGAAAUGUUGUAUAGAAAAAAUUUAGAAUAUUUUAUCGGAUCGGCUGAAAAGAGUCGCGACUAAGAAACGAAAUUUCUAGUUAAAGUUACUAUCCUCGAAAUCUACGAUAAGUAAACCUUAUCGCGUUAGUUUGCAAAAAGGAAGAGUUUAAAAAUUAUGAAAACCAGUGCAGCUUCGUUGACCAAAUGAAAACGACCUAAUGAAAGAAAAGAAACCAGUGAUAUACUUACUUUUUCCGCCAUGAGCUUUUUGUUCCACGCUUGAAAGUGAUACGUUAAUACUUUGCUUGACAUAAUCAACGUACAAUAGACAAUAAAAAAAUCGAGAAACGAGUAUCAAAAUGAAAAAGCUUAAUACGAUAUAAUAAUAUGUAUGUGUGUAGACAGAUGAAGCAUAUAAAUGAGUAAAGGGAUUUUUCUUCCAAGACUCCGCAGGCUUUUAAGCAGUCUAUCGACGGCUCGCUCGUCAAUGCUAUUUACGUAUAAAAUGAAAAAAAUAAAAUAAAAGAAAUAAUGAUGCAACUUAACGAUAAACGGGUUCUGAAGAUGUCUUAGUAUUAUGUCUUAAACGAGAAUAAAAAUAAUAAACAGUUGUAAAUAAGUCGUAGAUCUUAGACCGCGAGCGAUGUUAUUAUUAUUACAAUUAUUAUGAUCAUUAUUAUUACAAUUAUUAAUGGUAGAAUGUAAACUCUUAUCAAAGUAAAUCAAAAGCAAACAUACCCAGUAAAUUUUGAAUCGAAUGACCACAGCGAGCAGGUUUUUUUCUCUUUCGUUGUCGAUGGAUUUCCUUUUUUUAAAUAAGAAGUUCUUUGUUGGAUUAGUUGUAUUAUAAAGAAUUUAUCACCCCUGUAAAGUAGAAGUAUAUGUAAAUUGUGUUUUUUAACGUUUAUUUUUUUAAGACGCGACAAGAAAGUGCGAAAGUACAUUAUUUUAUUGUAUAAACGUUCUUUUUUCAAUAUCGAAAUUGUGUAUAUUUAUUUUAUGUAAAGAAUCUUAUUAUUUUCGUUGAGUCGCGGAUUGUUUACAUAUCAGUGGCGGUGUAGGUCGACUGGAAAAAUCUCAAUUUUUAAUAAACACAACAUUUUUAAGGAAAAAGAAUCAAAGUAUCGAUUUUAAACGAUGAUCAACUUUUUAAAUGAACCGCAAAGUAAAUAAUAGUCGUGUAUUUUUAUUUCCUUAUUCGAAUCUCACGCGGACAAGAAAAGAAAAACACGACGAAAUCAGAGGGACUGAAUCAAACUUUGUAAACUUUUCUGCGUAAAACACACUAGCGGUAAACCAUUUUUUCGUACGUGUGUAUACUUUAGCGAAGAAUAAAGUAGAAGGGAAUUAAGUAAAGAAAAAUCAAGUGUCUACGUAUAUUUUUCCCCAACGUCGUAGACGAACAGAACCGCGUUUGUACUUCUGACAUUAAUUUUACAAAUAUUGAAGACAUAAUAAAGUGGCUCUACGAUGUUAGACGAGAUAUUUUGCAGAGUACGUAUUUCCAUGACAGCGAUUUUAUAGAAUAUACAAAGCAGAUGAAAGACCGUAACAUUAAUCAAAAAGAGUUUUUAAACGACAACGCGGAUGGUUUUAGAUGGCAAUGGCGUGACUUUGCGAAUUCGGUUCUGUCGUCGUACUUCUUAAAAAUGUAAGCAUUUCUAAAUGGGAACACGCUUUUCAAAAGUGAGUAUAAACAAACAAAAAAUAAAUAAAAUACACAAAACGAGGGCUUUCAUCGAUGCGUUUUCGCGCUAACGAAAUUCUUGAACAAAAACCAAACACUUUUUUAAAAGCAUUGAGUCAUUCGAGGUGUAGCUUUCCCGUGAAGUACACGAAAGAAAAUAUAGCGAAGGCGCAUCAUAUUAGCCUGACAAUGGCGCGAUGGUCAAAAGAUUUACUUGAGGAUCCUACAAUAGCGUUUAAUAAACACAGAAACAAUAGAGAUUAAAAAGGUAUAUAAAGUUAAAAAAGUACAUGAAAUAUUAUAUUAUACUUGACAAAAAAAAAAAUAAUAAUAAUAAAGUAACAAUGAAUGCCGCGAGGCUACGAUGGACUUUUCAAUGUUCACGGAAUAUAUAAAUGAGAGAACGCGCAGUGUAAAUAGAUUCAUAAUGUCUUUAUUCCUAAAAGAAUGCAUCAUACCAUCCAUUAAUCGUACUAAACGGUAAAUAUUAAACGAAUGUUUUUUUAUGCGUGAGCGGAAAAUUGCGUGAGAGGGACAUAAGUAGUGAGUAGAGAACUUAGUCGGAAUCAUAUGUGAAUAAAUAACGCUUUGCGAGCAACUCUUAACACAUACCUACACAUACACCCCAGUAUCAAACUAACAGAAACAAAAGCGUGCGUUUGCUGAUCGAAGAACAAUUUUCCUGGGAUUGGGAACAAAAAGAAAACAAAACAAAGUAAAAAAUAAUGCGUCGCAAAAUGUAGAGAAAGGGCAGGCAGAUGAAAAUGUGGUAUCAACGAGUUCUCGUUUCGUUCCUAAAAGUAAAAAUAUAAAAUAAAAGUGAAUGAGAAAAUGAUUAUCAAAAGACCUUCAGGUACUCGUAUUGUAGGCGACUUAUUGUUAAACUAAAUUUAGCGACGGGUGUAGAGAGACAUCGAAACAAAAAAAAACUAUGUAAUGAAAAAUCUUUUUAGAUAUUUCAGAUUCUUGAAAAGUUUUACGAAUGGUUUUAAGGAACAAAAAAAAA